AUCCUGCAGCAGUUAGCAGUAGGCUAGGUGAGCAGGAAUGGCGGCGGUACCGGUUCAGUCUCUCCGGGUCGCGGAUAUUAAAGACCCGGCCGAGCUGUUUGAGCGCUACAGUGCGGAGGAGAUCCGCCUGGUGGAGAGGAAAGUGCGAGAGCAGAUCGAGCAGAAGAAAGAGGAGCUGCGCUACAUGGUGGGGGAGAGAUACCGAGACCUGAUCGAGGCCGCCGACACCAUCGGAGAAAUGCGGGGGUGUUCGGAGAAAGUGGUACAGUCCGUCCGGGACAUGCAGAACUACUGUAGUAAACUCAAAGAGACCAAAAACACCGCGCUCGUGAAUGCUGCACAGACAGAGAAACAGUCUCAGGAGAAGUUCUACACCAUGGCGGCUCAGAUCAGGCUCCUGCUGGAGAUGCCCGAGCGGAUGUGGAGCGCUCUGGAAGGAUCUCAGUACCUGCAGGCCACUCAGCUCUACCUGCUCUGUGCUCACCUGCACCGCCUGCUGCACCUGGACACGCCCGCCGCCUCCUACAGCCCCGUACUGAGCAGGUUCCCCAUCCUCAUCCAGCAGGUCGCUGCCGCCGGACACUUCAGAUCCACCAUCCUGAUGGACAGCAGGUCGGUGCUGCGCGGCAGAGCCGUAUCAGAUCAGGCUAUAGCAGAAGCUCUGGUGUCCACCAUGCUGCUGGAGGGCAGCUCACCACGCCAAGCUCUCGCCGACUUCCUGCUGGCAAGAACAGCGUCCAUCCAGCAACUGCUCAAGCAGCCUCAGCAUGGUUCGGGGAUUAAAGCUCAGGUCUGCUCUCUGGUGGAGUUACUGGUCACCACGCUGUACCAAGCUCACGCCGUCUUCUACCUGCCUCCUGAGGGACGCUCCACAGAACCUGGACCUGGACACGGGCUGCUCUUCAGCACGCUGGAGAACGUCACGUCAGGUAAGGGCAGGACGGUGCUGCAGGGUGAGGAGGCGAGUGCAGGAACCUGGUUUAGAUAUCUUCCUCCGUCAGUGGUGGAGUUCCAGCCCACCCUGCGUACGCUGGCACAGCCCAUCCAGAGGGAACAUCUGAGAGAGACCCUGCAGAGCUGGAUCCACACCUGUGAGGAGGACAUGAGGAGCGGUGUGAGCUCUCUCCUGGUGUACGUGAGGAGUGUGAAAGCUUUGGCCUCCAUCAGAGACGCCGUGUUUGAUCUCCUGAGCAGCGACUCCAUCAGUCAGUACUGGAGCUCCGUCUGUCAGAACCUGCUGGAGAAACACCUGAACCUGUGGAAGCACCUGCUGCACCCACUGUUCCACCAGCGCUUACAGGUGAUGACUCAGGAGGGCAUGGAUCAAAUCUCCAGCAGCUGUAAGCAGCUCUUAUCCUCCACACUGAGGGAUCUGGAGGGCGAGACGGCGAGCCGCGGCUCCAGGUUCGAGGGCGACGUUUCGGCGUUCCUGUGGAGCGAGUCUCAGUCCGACCUGCCAGCCGACGCCGCCUGGGUGGGCGUGUCCCAGCGUGGGCCACGCCCGGAGAGCGGCCUGUCCAUGAAGACCCACGCCCUCACGCCACGUGUCCAGGCCUUCUGCGCCGCCCUCGACUCCAGACUCAAAGCCCAGCUGGAGGACCUGGGUCACUUCCUGCCCCCGGACGCGCCCGCCCCCAGCUCGAGCCACCACACAGACGGGGCGGCGGUGGAGGCGGCGCUGAGCGAGCGCUGCCACGCCUGCAUUACGGACAUCCUGGCCGGCUUCCGCGCCGAGCUGGCGUCCUCGGGUCACACAGGCUCGGUGCUGUUUCUCGCCAGGCUGUGCCAGUCUGCGCCCGAGCUCUGCCCCAGUCUGAAGCGCUGCAUUCUGGGACGCCAGGGCGAGGCCAGGAAUGCGGGGAGCCCACGCACGCAGAGCAGGAAGCCACAGAAAGGGGGCGCGGGUAAAGGGGUGGAGCUCAGCCCCGCCCAGGUGGCGUGGGGCCGACUGAAGGAGGAGCUGCUCGCCUGCAGCACGGAGGCGUACAGGAUCUGGAGCGCCGGCGUCACCCAGGCACUGGUGAGCAGUUUCGGGAGUUCCCUGCGUGCCGACACGCCCGGUUCGGUGCUUGUCACCGCCACACAGUGGGACGAGCUGGAAAUCCAGGAGGAGGCGGAGUCAGGAAAUACGGUCACGUCUAAAAUACGUUUACCUGUGCAGCCGUCGUGGUACGUUCAGUCCCUGCUCUUCCGCCUGUGUUUGGAGGUGAACAAGGUCGGAGGUCACGCCGUACCCAGGGUCACCCUAACCGAGCUGCUCCGAUCGGUCCUGGAUCAGGUGGUGGUGGAGUAUGACGGGCUCACUGAGCAUGCUCAGAAAAGGGAGACGGCGCCCCCUGUCACUCAGAACCGAGCACUGCAGCUGCUGUUCGAUGUUCGGUACCUGAGUGCCGCUCUGAGCGCCAGGUCAGAGGAGAAGAGCUCACGCCCGCACCUGCAACCCAGGAUCCAGCGGAUCUGUGAUGAUCUGGAGAGCUAUGUAGAUCCCUUUGAUCUGGACGUUUUCACACCUCACCUGAACGCCAACCUGAACCGGCUCACUCAGAGAACCUCGGUGCUGCUGGGGCUCCUGACGGGCGUGGAGAAGAACUUCAGCUCCAGGAGCAGCAGUGUGAGCUCACAGGAACCCUACAACAUCCUACCACUGUCCAGCAGUCAGAUCAGGUUCGGGCUGCUGCCGCUCAGCAUGACCAGUUCCCGAAAAACCAAAUCAUCUUCAUCUUCAUCAUCAUCUGGAGUUCUGGCGGCUCCUUCAUCCAAUCCAGUCGCAGAGAACACCUUCCAACCAGGAAACCGCUUCAGACAGUUAGCCAAUCAGGAGGAAGAACCGGCUGGCCCCUCCCUCUUUAAACUAGGCUGGCUCUCCGGAAUGGCCAAAUAAUUAAUUUUAUUUUAACUGUAUAAAAAUCUGUAUUAAAUAAUUUAUGAUGCUGUGAGAAAUGCUACUCUCUGAUUGGCUAGCAUUUCUCAUAACACUACAGCGCUCUGGUCCAUCCCUAAACUGAUUACAUGUUCCUAAAUAAAUGUUAUCUUUCAUUUUCUCACA